UAGUCUUUCGAACGUCGAAGAAGUCUAGUAGGCCGCGAACGAGGGAUACAGUGCGAUUCUUGAAUGAAAGUCUAGAUGUUGAGGACGCGCCGGCGACGUUUCGAGCCCAGUGAUGAUGUGCAGUGUCAUGUGGCGUCUGUUGUGUAGGAGCAUGACCCACGGAUAUUUGUUGCAGUUCUUUUUGCUGCUGCUGAUGCUUCUGCAGUGCACGCAUGGCUCGGGUUUUUUCGAACUGCAAGUACUGGAAAUGGCGAAUCCGCGUAGCGAACUGUCGAGCGGUGAGUGCUGCGGCGGGGGUGUACGAUCCCCAUUGACGAGCCGCUGUUCGAUGCCGUGCCAGACUUUCUUCAGGCUCUGCCUGAAAGAGUACCAGAGCAACGUGACCAGCACGGGCUCUUGUUCCUUCGGGAACACGUCCAGUCACGUCCUAGGGAGGGACUCCUUCACACUUGCCGACCCCGACAGGGGAAAACUGGUCUUGCCUUUCACCUUUAGAUGGACG